AUGGCGACCCGACGCGCCCUCCGCUCCUCUUGGAGCGCGCGAUCUCUUUCGAAUCAGCUCAGCACAUCCCCAUCCCCUAUCUCCCGCCCCUUCGCAAUCGCCUCCCGAUCCAUCAACACCUCAACCGACCCUUCCGACGGCAAGACAACGCACUUUGGCUUCAAGACUGUCCCCGAGUCUGAGAAGGCCGACCGUGUCGCCGGCGUCUUCCACAGCGUCGCCGACUCUUAUGACCGUAUGAACGAUCUCAUGUCCUUUGGUUGGCAUAGAAUAUGGAAGGACCACUUCGUCUCCGGCCUCCAGCCAGGCCUCUCAGCCUCCAACCCACCCACUCCUCAACACAUCCUCGACAUCGCCGGCGGCACUGGCGACAUUGCCUUUCGCAUGCUCCACACGGCGCACAACAUCAACCACAACCCCGACGUCCGCGUGACGAUCUCCGACAUCAACCCCUCCAUGCUCGCCGUCGGCCGCGACCGUUCCCGAUCUCUCCCGGCCUCCCAGCAGGCCGCCAUGUCCUGGCUCGAGGCCAACGCCGAGAAGCUCCCCGAAGGCGCCAUCAAGGACAACUCGAUCGACCUCUACACCGUCGCCUUCGGCAUCCGCAACUUUACAAACAUCCCCGCCGCCCUGCGCGAGGCCCACCGCGUGCUCAAGCCCGGUGGUGUCUUCGCCUGUCUCGAGUUCAGCAAGGCCGACGACUACCCGCUCUUCAACGCCAUCUACAAGCGGUGGUCCUUUAGCGGUAUCCCCCUCAUCGGCCAGCUCGUCACUGGUGACAGGGACAGCUACCAGUACCUCGUCGAGAGUAUCGAACGGUUCCCGAGCCAGACGGAGUUCAGGGACAUGAUCAAGGAUGCCGGAUUCGUUGUCUCGGGCGAGGGUUAUGAGAACUUGACUGGUGGUGUUGCCGCCAUUCACAAGGGUAUGAAGCCUAUUGCGUAA